UGCGCUACAGGCGAGGGCUUUGGGUAUGGCUGCGCUGAACGGGACGGUGGAGAACGGGCAACCGGAGAAGAAGGGCGCCCCGCAGGUCCCUCGGCCCAUUAAGAACCUGGAGAUCCAGUACACCAAGAUAUUUAUUAACAAUGAGUGGCAUGAAUCCAAGAGCGGAAAGAAGUUCCCAACCUAUAGCCCUUCGAGGUCUGAGAAGAUCUGUGACGUGGAAGAAGGAGACAAGCCUGAUGUAGAUAAAGCAGUGGAGGCGGCAAAAAAGGCCUUCCAAAGGGGGUCGCUAUGGAGGCAAAUGGAUGCCACCAGCCGAGGACGACUGUUACACAAACUGGCCGAUCUCAUCGAGCGUGACAGAGUUGUGUUGGCGACCUUGGAAACUAUGGACACGGGGAAGCCAUUCCUCCAGGCUUUUUUCAUAGACUUGGAAGGAUGCAUAAAGACGCUGAGAUAUUAUGCCGGGUGGGCCGAUAAAAUCCAGGGGAAAACCAUACCUGUGGAUGAGAAUUUUGUCUGUUUCACCAGACACGAGCCUGUGGGUGUUUGUGGGGCAAUAACACCGUGGAAUUUCCCGUUGCUCAUGCUGAUCUGGAAGAUGGCACCAGCUCUGUGCUGUGGGAACACCCUGGUGGUUAAACCUGCUGAGCAGACUCCACUCAGCUCCCUGUACCUUGGGUCUUUAGUGAAGGAGGCAGGUUUCCCUCCAGGCGUGGUUAACAUUGUGCCAGGAUACGGCCCGACGGCAGGGGCUGCCAUUUCCACACAUCCUGACGUUGACAAAAUAGCUUUUACUGGAUCAACAGAGGUUGGGAAGCUGAUCAAAGAAGCUGCUUCAAAAAGUAACCUCAAAAGGGUGACGCUGGAGCUUGGCGGGAAGAAUCCUUGUAUAGUCUGUGCAGAUGCUGACUUGGACUUAGCAGUAGACUGUGCCCAUCAAGGAGUCUUCUUCAAUCAAGGCCAGUGUUGCACUGCUGCCUCUCGGGUCUUUGUGGAAGAGCAGGUAUACCCAGAAUUCGUCAAACGCAGCGUGGAGUAUGCCAAGAAACGGCUUGUGGGGGACCCAUUUGAUGCCAAAACUGACCAAGGUCCACAGAUUGACCAAAAACAGUUCAAUAAAAUCUUGGAGCUCAUAGAAAGUGGGAAGAAGGAAGGAGCCAAGCUGGAAUGUGGCGGCCUGGCCAUUGGGGACAGAGGCCUGUUCAUAAAGCCCACCGUUUUUUCGGAGGUCACAGACAACAUGCGCAUUGCCAAAGAAGAGAUUUUUGGACCUGUUCAACCCAUAAUGAAGUUUAAAAACCUCGAAGAAGUCAUUCAGAGAGCCAAUAAUUCGGAAUACGGACUCACUGCUGCGGUGUUUACGAAGAACUUGGACAGAGCCCUGACGCUAGCUUCAGCACUACAGUCCGGGACAGUCUGGGUCAACUGUUACACUGCCCUUUAUGCGCAAGCUCCCUUCGGUGGCUUCAAAAUGUCAGGAAAUGGCAGAGAACUCGGAGAAUAUGCUUUGGCAGAAUACACAGAAGUGAAAACAGUGACGAUAAAACUGUCGCAGAAGACUCAUUGAGUAAGAGAACACCAGGAGACCUAAAAUUCUGACACUCUGAAUGUUAUUGUAUGGACCAAGGGGGGGAAACGUGCUAAAAUCCAUGGAGAGAUUGAAAAUAAACUCCUUAAACAAAACAAGAGGGAGGGGGGAAACCAAACCAAGAAGACGCUAUAUUGUUUUCUUAGGAUCUUGUUUUAGAAAUCUGUAUUGUCAGUUACGUAUUCCCAAAUCACUAACUGCACAAAUGAUGUUCUUGCAUAACCACAUAUGGAUCCUAAAAAGAUCAACAUGUAGAUGGACCACAGUAGUGGUAAAAGACGGAACCAAGAUGUUGCUUAGCCACGGGUGGUAGCCCCCUGACCCCAGAGGCAAGGCCUUCUAACAGUGGCAGUACCCCCGCAUCUCAGAUGCUCUUUCCCGAACCUUUUAAAACCUGCAUUCCAUUUAAAAAUCCCGAUACACAGAGCACUUUGUUCAAAUCCUCUAUUUCGCUUUUUUCACAAUUAGUAUUGGUAGUAUUACUGGUCCGGGCAAGCCUAUAUUUCCUGCCAAUUUUGCACCUUCUGCCAAGGCAGACCUCGGUUUCGCACCCCAGCUCCUCCUUCAGCCUUCUCUAUUCUUUCUCCAAUUGGCCUGUGAGAGUCACAACUCAUUUUGGCGUCCCACAGCUGGAGAAUCAUUGAACUUAAAGAAGAUUCCUUCUCUCCCCAUCCUCGCCUGCUAACUAGGUGCACCAUCCAUAUAAAAAUGUAAAUUUCUAUUUUUGCAGUACAUUUUAGUAAAGGAGCUCAGCUUCUGGGUUUUACCAUUAAAAGGUCUUGGGCUUUUUUUUCCUUUUUGAUGAAUUAAGUGUGAAGGAGUGCAACAUACAGGUUAGCUCUCCUGAGCAGUGGCCUUGUAUAGGUUUCAUUCGUUUCAGUGGGACAUAUGCAGGGUUCUUCUUUAUGGGUUAUGCCCAAGGAAGAGAGAUUCAGAGCCAAGCUACAAGUGAUGAAUUACACUUGCCUGGCAAGUGAACAGACUCACGUGUAUUGAUCAAGUGGAGAGCAAGUGAAUGGCAAGUGAACAGGCGGAAUACACGUGAGUCUGUUCACUUGCCAGGCAAGUGUAAUUCAUCACUUGUAGCUUGGCUCUCAGGGCCAAACUACAAGUGAUGGAUGACACUUGAAUGGCAAGUGUAUUCGUCCCUGUUCACUUGCCCUCCACUUGCUCUCCACUCAAUCCACUUGCCGUUCAAGUGUCAUUCGUCACUUGUAGCUUGGCCCUCAGAACGCUGUUUUGUACACGGGGGUCUGUCUUGCAGCACUUCCCCGUUGUUGUCAGUGUGGCUUCCGCCUUCCCUUAACAGCAGCCAUUCCCCCCUUUACCAGCAGGGGUCCUCUUUGCUAUUUAAAUCUGCAACAGGAUAUAAGUGUUAUAACAGUUGGUGUAUUGGGGUCUCAGUUCAUCUUACAAAGUCUGUAGUCUCCCUUUGCGACAAAAGGGGGGGAGGUUAAAGGCUUAUUAACCACAUAUUAUAAUAACUAUAUUCAGUUGCAGAUUUUUAAAAAGCCCCAUGGUGGAGGUGGAGGGAAUGCCCACCCUCCAUGGAGAUGGAAGCAAGGAAAAUGGCUGCCUGUGGACGGAACUAAGAAAAUCAGGGUUUUUUCCUGCUAUGUGACAACCGUCCAAACUUUGCUACGAUCUUUCCCAAAGUAUUUCAGCAAACCAGGUUUGGGAAAAGCUAAGGAAACACCAGGAAGUGAGGGCUGUCGGGCGGAGGGGAGGGCAGGAACCUAUCUCCCAACAACAUUGAACCUGUGGAGAAGAUUACUGCCUGGAACGUUCCACCUUCUUCAGUGACUGGCAUUCUGAAAACCGUUUUACAUAAAUGUUAUCCCUUCACGUCAAUUUCUGUAAUGGCUGACUUCAGACUCAAGGUGAAACUGUAGUUUAUUUUUAUCUGGUUAGUUUGUAAAACUCGAUCUCGUCACUUCCAUCCUAGUUUGUCUUAACCAAGACUGGUUUCAUUGCUUUAAUUCUGAUUGGGCUACUUUGCAGUUAGGACGCACAUGAGAACAGUGCUGAAGAACGAGCCGAGACUGAGCUAGAACAUCCACAUUUUAUACCUCAAGAGCAACCAUAGUUAAGAUUUUCCAACCAUGAUUUUGGAUCCUGAUUUGACACACCCUAAUUAACUGUGGUUAAGUGGAGUGGUCCACAUUCAGGCAGUCAAGCUAACCAUGUAUAUGUUACGUGCUGCCAAGUUGCCUCUGACCUAUGGCGGCCCUAUGAAUGAAAGACCUCCAAAACCUCCUAUCAUUAACAGACUUGCUCAGAUCUUGCAAACUGGAGGAUAUGGCUUCUUUUAUCAACUCAAGCUAACCAUAAUAAUUUUUUAAUUAAACCGCGGUUUCACGUUAUAUCUGAACCCAUCAUCUUUUAACUUCUUAACGUAACAGAGGUUAAUGUUUUUUGUAUACACUGAAUUUUUUUCUACAUUUUUAUAUUCAAAUAGCAUUAGGCACUAAUUGUAAAAUAAAACCCGGUAGAGCUUUUAUAUUCUAUUGCAUGUUAGCCGUUUUUUUUUAUAAUGAAAUAUUACUUUAAAUUUUUAAAAUAUAUGAAUAUAAAUAUAUAUUUAUAAAUUAGAAUGCAAUUAAUCUAUUUUUAUCACUGAUGGUAUGUGGAAAUGUUAUGCUUUUUUACAAAAGGCAUAUUGUUGUAAUAUUAGUGCCUUGAUUCUUAAUAAAACGCCUAAUUUUUGUGA